CGUAUCAGUGAAUCGUUGUGACAUAUGAAAUACGACUGAUAGUCUAAUCAAUGCGUAAUAAUUACAUAAACAAUGAAUGAACGUGUUAAAUGAUUACAUGGCGUGAUAGUCAUAUUCAGGUCCUGGUUGGACGCUUCGAAUAGGGUAAAGCGGCGUUCCAUACCAGCGAGGUAAAUCAAGUGCACCCCACAUAGCCAAAAGGCUUAUUCUGAUUGGUUAAAGAAAACCGGAUGGCUGGUUAGGGGUUGAUGACCCUUCGUGAACGCCGAAUAUUGUGUGUAAAAUUAUGCAGAAAUAGGGUCAGUAAAUGUGAAAUCCCUAUAAAUGUAACAAUUUUAAACUUCCAUUUUUUAAAUAUAUUUUUUUUUAGCAAAGCGUUAAUUUAGAACUGUAUGUGAGAAAAUCUUGUGGAAGAUUACGGUUGAGCACCCCUAGUUACGUAAUGGGUUCGUUCAUCAUUACUGUACAGCGGAAGGAGGAGGACGUCAAUAUACAACAGCGUAUUUAUCCCACCAGGAGAAAUUCAUACUAUGUGGCUACCUAGUUACCUACCGAGUUAAAAAUCCACGACACAAUGCAAGCAUAGAUGACAACCCACCCCUCUAAACAGACCAACCACUUCAACUUUAAACAAUUCUCUCAUCCAACAUCCCAGUCCUCUCUUCAAUGCCUAACAGUGGGGAUAGUUCAGGACCUAAUGUAUCUGGGAGUCAGCCAGGCGACCAGGCUAUGCCCUUGACCCAGCGACCCCCACCCCCUGACAGAGAGGAUGACCAACGCGGCCUACUGACCACUCUCACCCGGGACUCCCUGAGGACCCGGAGAGCCUCCAGUGCUGAGCUCCAGCUCCCAUGGACCUGCCCUGUCACUCACUCCAGGGAGAAGUUCUACACGGUCUGCUCAGACUACGCCCUCCUCAACCAGGCUGCCUCUCUCUACCGGCUCCCCAGCACCCCCAGAGAGGUGGCCCACAGCAAGCAGGAUGGCAGCGGGGCCCCAGUAGUGAAGUCCAACACUGUGGACCUGUCUCAGGGUCAGGGGCAGCCUGCAGGUGUAGAGGAGGCUUCAGAUGAAGACUUUGACAUGGAGGGGGUGUCCUGCAGCAACACCAAGCCUAUCCUGGCUUGGGAGAUUGAUACCACUAACUUUGAUGCUGUGCUAACUCGAAAGCCCAGGACAAGCAACAUAAAGAGAGUCGGUACGAAGAAGAUGAAGUCUUCAGGGGGCAGUAGGAACCUGCAGGACCUUCCUCUCCACGCCUCGCAGGACGAGAUCAAACAGAGGAAAGUCCUGGACCUCAGGAGAUGGUACUGUAUCAGCCGCCCCCAGUACAAGACGUCAUGUGGGAUAUCUUCAUUAGUUUCCUGCUGGAACUUUCUGUACAGCACACUAGGAGCAGGGAGUCUCCCACCCAUCUCCCAGGAGGGGGCUCUUCAGAUCCUCGGCUUCCAGCCUCCUUUUGAGGAGAUUAAGUUUGGUCCCUUUACAGGCAACGCUACUCUGAUGAGAUGGUUCAGGCAAAUCAAUGACAAUUUCCAUGUCCGAGGAUGUUCCUAUAUUCUGUACAAACCCCACGGGAAACACAAGACAGCUGGGGAGACUGCUGAGGGGGCGUUGUUGAAGUUGACCCUGGGGUUAAGAGAUGAAACCAUGGCCUAUAUUUACCACUGUCAGAACCACUACUUCUGUCCUGUGGGCUUCGAGGCCACACCUUUCAAAGCAGCCAAGGCCUACAGGGGUACAUUACCAACUAAUGAAAUGGAACACUGGAUCCUGAUUGGUGAACCAAGCAGGAAGCACCCUGCUAUUCACUGUAAAAAGUGGGCUGAUAUUGUCACAGAUCUGAACACACAAAAUCCAGAAUACCUUGAUAUUCGUCACACGGAGAGGGGAAUUCAGUGCCGCAAAACCAAAAAGGUGGGAGGGAAUCUUCACUGCAUCAUGGCUUUCCAGAGGGUCAACUGGCAGAAGCUAGGCCCCUGGGCCCUCAACCUGGAGAACCUGAGGCAUGACCUCCACCACCAGGGGUCUGAGAGGGCCCAGGGGGGCUUAGCAGAGGUCCAGGAGGACAGGGAGAAGACCUCAGGAAAACACCAGGCUUUGGCCCGGCUAGGCCGUUCCAACAGCACAGGUACCAGUAACCAGAAGGACGUAGCUUGGAAACACCUGUCUAACACCACAGAGUACCGACACAGGAGCUCACCAGAGAGUGAUGUUGAAGAAGAUACCACAGAUGACUGAGAUUCAAUGAGACGGCUGUGAAGUUAGUGCUGCUAAAAUAUACUGGUUAGUAUAUCAAACGUUCUCAAAAUAGUUUUUCACCCAAAAAAAAAAGAGAGAGAGCGAGACGAAAGUGUUGUUUUACCCCGUCUAGCAUCAUCCAGAUUCCAUCAAGGAUUUUGCUCGAUUAUUGUAAUGAAAAGUUAGUACAACAUCCAAGUUGAUACACUUUAGUGUGAAAGCUACGUUUAAUCGUCUAGCAAUGUAUAGAGGACUGCUGCUAUUAAUCAGAAUGUCUGAUAACAUUGUAUUUAAAAGCCAUUUAAGAAAUAAAAUAAUAAGAAUAAAAUCUAUUACACUUUAAAGUGAGUGUGUUAGUUUGCGAAUGUGACUGAAAUCCAGUGACUACUGUAAGCCAAGUUUUUCUCAACUCCACGAUGCACAUCACAUCAAUGGAGUUGAGCGGAGACAACUACAACGAGUCGCUGUCCGUCGAUAAACCCUUACCUUGUGCCUAUGUUUGUCCUCUGUAGCUGGUUUCCUUAAUUCCUUACCUUGUAGCUAUGUUUGUCCUCUGUAGCUGGUUUCCUUAAUUCCUUACCUUGUGCCUAUGUUUGUCCUCUGUAGCUGGUUUCCUUAAUU